AUGCAAGUGUUUCAAGGACGCAAUGCUUCGGCCUGUUACAAUUGCCAUCGCCAAAAGGUCAAAUGUACCGGGGAUGCCAUCAUGCUGAUGCCCUUACCCGCGCAGAGCAACCAUGCCAGCGAUGCUCCAAGAGCCAGAAGGCUUGAGUGUACCCCGAAGCCCAAAGGAACAUCAUUCCUGUGCCGGAAACAUACCUGCAGAACCUGGACCGCUCACUGA